AUGUUCGCCAAGUGGUAAGUCUCCUUCUCCGUUUUUCAUCUGAAUCUCUUUCUUUAUUCCAGCUUCACCGCCGUCCUCCUUUGCGCCAUGAUCGUCGGAUCGCAUGAGCAAGUGGUGGUGCCUGCCUACUCGGCCGCCUACGUCCCUUCCGCCUUCGCAUACCCGUCCGUCUACUCUCCGUACGUCGCCGCCGCCGCCGCCUAUCCGUCCGUCUGGGCUUGGGGAUCGAACAAGAACAAGGAGGAUGCUCCACGCGCCUUCGCCGCACCGUCCGCCCUUCUGAACAAUGAGAAGAGCGCUUGA